AUGUCUUACACUUCUGAGAACCCCAACAAGUCCAGCGGCCAGUACCACUCCACCAAGGGUACCGCUGUCGAGGCUAUUGGUAACCUCACCGGCGCACAAUCAUGGCAGCAGUCGGGCAAGGAGGAGCAUGCCGCGGGUGAGACGGAGUACAACGCGGCGCAGGCCAAGGGCUACGUCGAGGGUGUCGGCGAUCGUGUCGGCGGCAAGGUUGAUAGCGUUGCUGGCGCCGUUAAGGGCGACCAACAGCAACAAGCUUCCGGUAACAUCCGGCAUGAAGGCGGAAAGGCGAAGCAGGACAUCAACAAGCCCGAGUGA